AUGUUUCAUACGUCACGCCUAGCCGUUCCACGGUUCGCCACAAAGACGAGUGCGCUACUUACACGGCCAGGCAAGGCGGAGAAGUCUGUCGCACCACCGAAUCCUGAGGGUAGAACUGAAGCCAGCGCUGUUAGUGGCGUAACAGAGAGGACCACCGCUCCUCUGCAGCCUCCCAUUAUCGACAGCACAAAGGAAGGCAGAACACAUAUUCUUCCACAAAAAGUCUUGAAGGAACUGCUCAACUCUGUGUCGGCCGGGCAGCAGAACUUCCUCUUCGGCUCUGACAAGGACGCUGGUGACCCCACCGUUGGCGUGCUUCGUGCCACUGGAAGCUUCUUUGAAUCGAUCAAUACGGCUUACGAAGGCCGUAUGCUUCAAGAGCAGCAGGUCGAGGUAGAAAACUUUGUUGUAAAGCGCCGCAUACAUUACAUGCAGCGUCUCAACGAAGAAACAGAAGAGUUUCGGCGUGAGCAAAAGGAAAUCCAUGAUGAGAUACAGCGUAUGGAGGCGGAAAAGUACAAGAACGAUCUCAACAACGAUGUGAUUCAGUUUACAAAGGCCAGGGAAACAGAGUACGAAGCUCGCCUGCAUGUGGAUGUGGAGAAGUAUCACAACGCACUUCUUGCAUACCGUGCGCGUGUGAAGAAGAGUGACCAACUAGGUGCGGAUGGUGAGACCCCGUUGAAGCAGCUGAAUAUGAAUGUGAUUGAGAUCAUGCAGGAAAUGGAGAUGGACGAUACCCUGCGCGACUUUGGCGAUGCUGCUGGUAUUGGGAACGACCUUUCCGAUCAGGAUAUCCGUAGCUACGUAGUGCAGCGAACCUGCUUCUACGAAAAGGUUGUGCAAGAUGAGGUCCACGACUUCACAAAAAGACGCAAGAGCUUUUAUGAGGAUCUUCUGGAGGCCCGAGCAGUUCGUCAUGCCGCCAAAGUUCGAGCGGACACGGAAAAGUUUCACAGUCAACGGCAGAGGUACUACGACGAGCGACUGACUGCUGACGGGUCGUGGAUGGCCAAGUGCUUUCAGGAGCACUACAAUCGCUGCUUUCUGCAGUCGUACGCGCGCCGAGCCUGGAUCGAGCACCGUCGCUACCAGGCCACGUUGGAGGGUAUUAAGCUCUUCACGGAAAACGAUGAGAAGGUGCCAGCGAUAUCGAAUCCGGCGGAUAUCAGUAUCUCCACUUUAAACGCCGAAAUACCGCUUUCCACAAUCCUCGACAUGUACGAAAGCGAAAAUAUGGCAGAGGUUACACGAGACGUUUUCCUCAAAGCAGCACGCCGCGUUGCGACCGACUAUGCACCUUACAGCGUCGACGAACGCCCUUCGGCGUGA